ACCAGUAUGUAUAACUGUCAAACUCAAGCCCGAUAACAAGUGAAAUGAACUCCUUAGCGGCACUGGAAUCUCCGGGUAGUAAAUCAAAUGUACCUAAAACUAGAUCGAUUUCUGGCAAAAUACUUAUUGCAUUGACAGGAGGUAUUGGAGUGGGUCUAUCAAUCGUAUGUUACCCGUUUGUUGCACCUGCUUUACGAAAACACUGCCUGCCAUACGUUCCGGCUACUACCAAGCAGAUCGAAAAUGUGUUGCUAUCGGUAAGAGCGGCUAGCGGCGGUAGUAAGCUGCUAGAUAUCGGUUCAGGCGAUGGACGAAUCGUAAUUGCAGCAGCUAAGGCACACAGAAUCGAAGCUCACGGAGUGGAAUUGAAUCCAUGGCUAAUCUGUUAUUCCCGACUAUCAGCAUUGCGAGGAGGUGUUUUUGAUAGGACUAAAUUUUUUAGAAGAGACCUCUGGAAGUUCAACAUAGCACAUUAUGACAACAUUGUAAUUUUCGGCGUCGAGCAGAUGAUGAGUGACCUCGAACAGAAGAUAACCGCGGAAGCACAGCCAGAUUCAACGAUUAUCGCGUGUAGGUUUCCAUUCCCAAGUUUACAACCCGUUCGCAUAAUUGAGAGUGGAAUAGACACCGUUUGGGUGUACAAGAAGUUAAAAUGAUGUUAAUUUGUUCAGACCAAAAUAUAAGAAACACUGCUUUAGUCAAGGCUGUCCAUUGUAUAUAAUCAACGAUUGUUGAUGCAAUAAAUAAAUGUUUAGUAAUAAUUUAUUUAUAUUACUGUAUAGAUUCAAAUGACUUAAAAGCACUAGUGGAGCAUAAGUAUAUUUACCGCUAAAAAUGACUAAAGUCGUCACCACUUGA